AUGCCCAACCCUCAAGAACUUUGUGACUCCGAGCAAGCCGAGUUGAGUGGUAGGAAGGUUGCGGGCGGGAGAUGGGGCUCCUCUGAGAGGUUCAAGGCCAAGAAGCAGAAUGCUGAAGUUGGUCCUGGACAUUAUCAACCUGAUGUCAGCAAGGUUGUGCGUAGGACGCCAGGAGCGCGUAUUUGCCCGCCCACAAGAAAGAAUCUAGCUGCACAUCUCAACGAGUUCCAGAAGCUCCUGGAAAAAAGCGAAGUUGGCCCUGGAAAGUACUCUCCUCAAUACUUUGCAACAAGCGAAUGGGUCUCUACCCAUGCACCUUGCAUCCCGCAACCAAGAAUCGCUUCAACGGCCCGUGUUAUACAGACUCACGAUUGCGAAGCCUUAUACUGCAAAUCUCAACGCUCUGGUUAUGCACUUUCCGAGAAAAGCUUUUCUGAUCGCAAAAGUGUUGGUUGCUUGAAAUGGAUGCCAGAUUACUUUCCUGAAAGACCCGUGCAGCAUACCCCCGGUCCAGGAAGCUACGACCCUCUCUUCCAAUUUGUCAGCGAACGAAUACCUGGCAGUUCGUGGCAGAGAAGUUCACUUUCCUCGAACGGGAAGCUCAGUCAAGCCAUUCUGUCUCAUGCAAAUGACAUUGUUCCUGGACCGGGAAGUUACGACGUCAAGACAGACCUUCUCUUUCGAAGAAGUUCCAGCGCACUCUUUGUUUCAUCUCGUCAGCUCGAGACUAGCGAAGAUGAGAGUUGGGGAGACAAAUUGAUCUUGCAGCCCAACUUCAGUCUGGUGCAUCCGCGAAUCAGAUGUUCUGUGACAUAUCGAGAGCCUUCUGUGCUGUCUCUUGCUUCAACUGAGCGUGCAGCAUCAACUUCAUCAGUUUCAUCUCUCGACUCAUCCUGUCUCUCAAUUUUGAGCACCAAACGCCGAUCGUUGUCAUAUUCUUUUUGCAAGGGUGUGGGAUCGCGAAAUCAGAGUCGAAAUUACAAAACAAUUGGUCCUAGUGAUUACAUGCCAAACUACAAAUUUGUAUCAAGGAGAACGGCAACAUGUGUCAUUGCUAGGGCACAUCGAGGUCUGUUAGAGAAGGAACAGCAAAGAGAAUUGUACGGGGACGUGCUGUACAUCGAUCCUGAGACGUCAUAUAAGACAACUGUCAAAACCCAACCACGAAUAGUCUUUUCCAGACACAAGAAACCCUCUUUCCUUUCGCAUCAGACUUCGUAUCUGGGACCCAACGACAGUGGCGUGCUCGUGGGGAAGCUAGCUGAGUAUACCCCUUCCAUCGACAUGUCAAGAACCUCCGCACGAGCGUCCGCAAGCAAGGAUGAGGACGCGAGGCUGGGCCCAGGGUACUACUAUGUAGACGACACGCUCACGGCUAGGAGGGUGCCCGCAGCGUUCAUCAGCCCUCCGGCACCGGAAGACGAGGUGGAGGAGGACAGAGAGGGAGAUCGGCUAGUGCUGGAAACGUCAGCAGCCGAUGAGAUGACGAGGCGGAGAGUCGUGAUGAUGGUGGACAUCGGCAGGCAGAUGGGCCGGGAGGAGGCGACGAGGAGGGACCGAGCGCCGGAAGCUCUCGACUACAAUCCCGAGGUCCCGCGAGACAUCAGGGGCUUCAGCAUGGCGACGCAGUCAAGCAGGAAGGAGAACGAUCCAAGGAGGGGAGGGAAGUCACUUGCUCAACAAGGGUGGGAGUACCUGAGAGUCCGACACGACAUUGCAGGUUUUGAUAAGCAGGAAGGACGACCGGAGGCUGUCGCAGGGCAGCACUUGUCUUCUUAUCUGGGACCCAACGACAGUGGCGUGGUUGUGGGGAAGCUAGCUGAGUAUACCCCUUCCAUCGACAUGUCAAGAACCUCCGCACGAGCGUCCGCAAGCAAGGAUGAGGACGCGAGGCUGGGCCCAGGGUACUACUAUGUAGACGACACGCUCACGGCUAGGAGGGUGCCCGCAGCGUUCAUCAGCCCUCCGGCACCGGAAGACGAGGUGGAGGAGGACAGAGAGGGAGAUCGGCUAGUGCUGGAAACGUCAGCAGCCGAUGAGAUGACGAGGCGGAGAGUCGUGAUGAUGGUGGACAUCGGCAGGCAGAUGGGCCGGGAGGAGGCGACGAGGAGGGACCGAGCGCCGGAAGCUCUCGACUACAAUCCCGAGGUCCCGCGAGACAUCAGGGGCUUCAGCAUGGCGACGCAGUCAAGCAGGAAGGAGAACGAUCAAGGAGGGGAGGGAAGUCACUUGCUCAACAAGUACCAAGCCAGCUACAGCCUGGUAGAGAACAGCGGGAGGGCAUACAGCAUCGGGAAGAGCAAGCGGACAAGCGAGGAUGGUGGGGAGGAGGAAGACAGAGGGGGGGACGUGCUAAUCCUGGAUACGAACAAGGGGUGGGAGUACCUGAGAGUCCGGCAUGGGAUUGUGGAGUUUGGAAAGUUGACAGGGCGCGUGAGUGAGAUUAUUGAGUCGUCAGACCCGUCACAGGAUCUUGUCGACUGGGAGGGAGCGCGUGGGGUCGCGGAGAAGACUUUGGGAUUCGUUGACUUCAGUCGGAUGACAGCGAGGAAGGAACCUUUCUCAGCUACAACCUCAGCUGUUCUGGGCCCUGGUGCAUAUGAAAUUCAAGACCAUCUCUUGUUCAGAGACUGCUUUCACGUAUCGUUUGGUCGACAGAGGCGAUUUUCAGAUGACAAGUACGAGGAUGACGAGGGCGAUCGCCUGGUUUUAUACCCAGAGAGAGCUGAAAGUCUGAUUCGCCCAAAUAUUCCAAGUUUCACUUUCAUUUUUCAACCUUCUGCUCUUGUUUCAGAAUGGGCCAGCAAAAAAAUCUUUGUCCGAGGUCAUGAUGGAGAACUCUUUGAAUUGCCUUCGAUUGGAAGCAGAGUGAGAAUGAAACAGCUGUCUGAAAUCUUCUCAGCAUGGAGACGACCUGAUUUCUAUGAAAUCAAAGAAACCUUGACGCGAAAAAGCUGUUACCAGAAAACUCUUGUUGACAUCGGCAAGGCUUCGAAUGUUAGAAAAGUGGAUAUUGGGAUGAAACUUCAGUUUGACGACACUAUAUCAACCUCUCUGCCGAUUGUGAAACAGAUCCAUAAAGGUGGUCUCUUGGAUAAAGCUGGGUCGAUCCAGAAAGGAGAUAAGAUAGUCAAAAUUGUGGGAAAGGAUGGGAGGACGAUGGAUUUGCAUCGAUGGGCUAUGAAAUCAAGAAAUAAAGGAGCCUCUCGCAAACUGCCAGCAGACACUUCCAAUCAGGUCAACCAUCUCGGUCCUUGGAGAGAAUGCGUGAUAUCUUCUCCGGGUACAUCAACACGAUCGAGGACUCAACAACAUUCUUUCUUUUUCAAUGUUCAAACAAAGGAGAAACUUUGGUCUUUUGACGUUUGGUCCAGGAAAGAUGAGGUUGUGCGAAAUAUUAUGCAGGAGAUCGAAGAACUACAAUUUCCGAUCACCAUUCACUUCCGAAGACACCAAUCCCAUUGCACAUUGCAAGUCCUGGUGGAAAACUUUCAAGAUUUUCUGUAUGGAGCGUAUGAUCCCAAGUACGACCUGGUUGAACGUGACUUGCGGUCUGUCUCAGACUUUGUGACAGCAAAUGGAAGAGAGUCAUCAUUGGAAGCCAAGGCGAGGAUGCGACUGUUCCAGAAGAACAUGACAUUGAGUGCUCUCAAGACGCUUCCAACGCAUCUUGCUGCUCCUCCUUCUGAAGCUACCAACAGAGAUUUCACAUCCCAAAAGUUGGCGCUCCGUGAUAAGCAUGAACGAAUGUUUCGAAGUUUGCGAGAAAAGCACAAGCAGGAGGCAGAGGAGAUUGAUGGAGAGGAAGCUGAAUCGCUGAAGCUUCGACAUUCUCAAGAGAGAAAAUCGUUGAGGAAGAAGAUUAGGAGGGAAGAAGAAGCUUUGGAACGAUCGCUGCAAGAACAGCAGCUGAUCUCGCUGGACAAGUCAGAGAUUGAGAGGGAGGUUUCCAAGAUAGUCCUCCAGCAACAUCUGGAGCUUGAUGCAGGAGCGCGGCUGAGGGAGACUGAAAGGCAACGGCGAGUGAGGUUCGCCCCUGAGAACGAGGCUCUCCUGCACACCGCUGCCUACUCGCAAGCGGCUCCUGCAGGGAAGAAGUGGAUCCAGAAAGGAAAGUCGCACACCUGCCCUGACGUUCGAGGACUGACCGACCAAGAGGUUCAAGACUGGAAGCUGCACACUGAGUACCGAGGCUUCUCUGGGAGUGACGACCUCGUCAAGUGGUUCUGGCAGCUUAUGGAGAGCUGGAGCCCGCGCAGAAGGGCCGAAACCCUUCAGUUGGCGACGGGAACAGCAGCAGCACCUAGGGGAGGUUUCGGGUGUUUGUUCGGGCAUGACAUCAAACACUCGGAUCGGCCGAUUCCUUUCUCAAUUAGGAGGAUAGCUGAGCGAGGCGACAAGAAACAGAAACAGCUAAGAUCGUUUCCUCCUCUGAACCGCCUGUACCUCCCUGAGUAUCGCUCCAAGCAGGAGCUGGCGGAGGGACUGAAGAAGGCGAUAGGGGAGAUGAUGAAUUUACAUAUCAAGUCGCGGGCAGAGGCACCGGCAGUCUCCUCCGCAACGUUGCAAAACGACAUCACGUGCAGACAAGUACCCGCGGCGGCAAAUCACAUCUUUGUACUGAAUUAA